GAGUCACUACAACGUCGACCGUCGUCAUCGAUAACUCGACAACAAACUCCCUUGGCAAGUAGCAGUUACUAGUAGUUAGUUGCCUAACUGGAUUGAUCGUGGAUAUCGGAUGUUCCCCAGUGUCAGUGAGACGUUGUCUCUGGAAACCCAUCCAAACCAUCGUGGUCUUUUUCAAUACUCGACUGCUUGGUUCAAACUAUCUCGUCUUUUGUUAUCAACAAGAUUAUUCUCGAAUUUUUGGUGAGAGUACUGUAGAUCAUCCCUUUAUCGAAAGGCUAGACGUGUACUGCUAGCACUAAUGGCUUCGUAUGUAGCCAAAGUUGCUCGCCAGUGCGAGGAGGCCACAGAAACAAAAGAAUUGGAUCUGACUGAUUGUGAUCUUACUUCCGUUCCACAUGCUGUCUACCAUAUUCUGCGUGAGACUACUGUCCAGAGUGCUACCUUCUCAAAUAAUAAGCUGAAGUCCGUUCCUGGACGUCUGUGCAGUGCGUUUGGCGGUGUUAGCCACCUGAACUUCAGUGGAAAUCGAAUUACAACAUUACCCAUGGAAUUUGCUGAGCUGCAGGAGCUAUUGACGUUGGAUUUGUCCAAAAAUAAACUGAGCAACAUACCAGAUGGCAUAGUCGUACUGCAGAAACUCGAAUCUCUGUGCCUGGAUGACAAUGAAAUUACCUCUGUUGAUUGGCAAGACUUGCGGGCCAGGAUACCAACACUAAAACAGGUCAGCAUUUCAAACAAUCCACUGUCUGUGGACAGCCGACUUCAAGCAUCUACUAUCCCAUCACUUACGAUUGUUUUGGAGAAAGGGGGUUGAUAUCUGAGGUAGCUUUCUUUAACGUGUGAUAUCCGAUCAGUAGGAUAGAGACAUUUCAUUCGUUCAUAGAUCCUUAGCUUUCACUUGCUAUCUUUCAUACUGAUAAAACUGUAGGUUAUUUUCAGCGGUGUUGUCCCGAGCUACUGCAUCUUGCAUGCAGCUGCACUGUGGGUGCUAUUGUGCCAUGGUUGUUCAAUUUUUACUUGAAAUUAGGAUUUUAUGUCCAUAUGAAUUAUAUGUCAAUCAACGAUCUUUAGAGUUGAUCUCAUAGAACAUUGCUGUAUCUUUUAUAGUAUUUGACUUAUUUCACACACUCUAUCCGUCCACGCUGUAUUUACUGUCACGGUGGUCGAUGCCAAUACAGUCCGGACCAUUUGUCAAGGGUGUUCUAGACUUCACAACUAAAUUAUCUAGACUAUGAAUUUUUCCUGUUGA